AUGAGCCCGAAGGCCUGGAUCUGUCAGAAAGUCAAGGCGCGUCUUGCGUCGGCGCUUCUCUUCGGCCGGCGCUGCGGCGAGGCGGCCGACGAGGAGCGCAAAUACAUCGAUGAGAAGAUCCUGGAGGAGAAGACGGAACUGGCCAGGAAGAUCGUUUUUGUCCUCUUGUACUUUGGCGUUGGGAAUUUGAUGAAUAUUCUCUACAACAUAUUGAUGGAGCGCCCCUUGUGGCUGUCAAGCAGCGGAUGUUGGAUUGUGGUGAUAGCAGUGUUGCUGAUGCUGCUAGCACAGGUCCCCGGGAUGCUCUCCACGCGUACGGUGGACCUGUGGUCCGCGAUUCUGCAGCUCAUUGUUCUGGCGUUUCUGUCGGAGUUGGCCACAUCAGCGCAUGAGACCCUGAUGUUGGGCUCAGGCCUUUUCGUAACGGUUUGCGUUCCAGCAGCGGCCUUCGCAAACCGGAGAAAUGUGCUUCUAUUCUGUCAAUUAUCCUUCCUCCUGCACGCACUGGUGCGAGCUUUCCGAGACUUUGAGGAGUUCCAAAGGGCAACAGAAUGCAAUGCCCUCAACGGUGCACAAACCUUUGUCAUGGCGCAUUUGAUAUUUCUGCCCUUGGCAUUAACCGUGUCGAUGUGGGCACAUCAGUUGAUGGAGCACCGAGUGGAGUCGCGCUUCAGGGAAAGCAAGAGCCAGACCCAGCUGAGUGCUGCAUCUGCAUUGCUGGAUCUGACCUGUGAUGCGGUCUUCGAGCUGGAUGCCGACCUGCGAUUGCAAAAAAAUAGUGGCAGCCUGGCGGCUCUGUUGAUGCGAAAUCGUGCAGGAGCCACCUUGAAAGGCUUGAAGUUCACGGGUUUGGUGGUCCCUUCAGAUGUCCAGCGGGUAACUCAGAUUCUGGACACCAAGAGUGAGCACGGCUCCGCAGAUGCUAUGGCACAUGUCUUCCGGACGCACCUCAUGGACAGCUACGACAGCAAGUUCUGCGCAGAAGUCUUCCAGGUGAAAUUCACCCUGGCCAGUGGAGCGAAAUGCCACAUCGUUGGUCUCAGGGACGUCACGGAUGUCCAGCCGCUGGCAUACCACCCAGAGCCGCGCUCGGAGGUGCGGUCGGAGGUGCCCGAGGCCCUCCAGCUGGAGAUCAAGCCUCCCACUGGGACCUACGAACUGGAAAGCCUCUCGGAGUUCUCGCGGCACCCGCUGAGUCGCAGGAGCUCUAUUUGCAGCUCCCCGCCCAUGACGCCCCAAACGACGGAUGGGGACAACAGAUCGGCCAACAGCAAAGAUGUCUUUCUGGAAAUUGACGUCGAGAACGAGAUGCUGAAGUCAGCCACCGCGCCCUUGACCCAGCUGGCAGGGCGGCGACUUUCGGAUCUCACGUUUUCGCCCUUUGCGCUUCAAAUCUGCAAGCGGCUCUGUAGGGAUGCGGCGGCCAUUGAGUCAUCAAACCAGGUGUUGCCGGACCAGAUCGCAUCCUUCAAUGAUAUGCCCUUGCUAGUCGUGGCGCCUCACAUGAUGGAAGCCUCUGGCUUUAUGAGAGUCUCCCGCUCAGAUGGUGGCAACUUUCACGCGAUGAUCUGCGUUCGGAAACGGAAGAUGUCAAUGUCUCCAGACCCCCCCAGGGUGCGGCCAGUCCACUCCCUGUAG